AUGCAGAGUGUCUUCUUCACUUAUCUUUUGGGGGGGGGUUGUUCUUCACCUUUCCCCAACAUAUUUUCCCUCCAACUCAAGCACAUUUUAAAAUGUAUAUCAUUCCAUAUUAAAUUACAGACAAGAAAACUGCAAGUCCAGGACAGGCUUUUAACUGUUCAGCAAGUAAAGUUUCCUCCAUUUAUGUAUGCAAAAGUGCACACAACACAACUUAACUACCUUUCUGUCUCAUCACGGCUACCUAGGUAUGCACAUCUUGUUGAGAUGCUGUCUUUUAAAAGCCCUCCCAGAUGGCUUUAA